AUGGCCAACACCACCGUCCGCGGUGCGACCGCCAUUCAUGGCCAGAAUCCUCAGUACCUAGUCGAAUCCCAUUGUUUCGCACUGACUGGCCAUCGGGGCGUAUACGGCAACCAAAAACCCACCGAGUUCUUGUGCCUGCUCCUCAAGCUCCUACAGAUCCAGCCAGAGAAGGAGAUUCUGAUAGAGUAUCUGCGAGCGGAUGAAUUCAAAUAUCUAAGAGCACUGGCUGUGUUCUACAUCCGCAUGACGUUCCGACCAGCCGAGGUGUAUGAAAUACUGGAACCCUUGCUCAAAGACUACAGAAAACUACGAUAUCUGGGCAUGGGAGGGUACACCCUCACCUACAUGGACGAGUUCGUCGACCAGCUCCUCAACGAAGAGCGUGUCUGCGACCUCAUCCUGCCCCGAAUGACAAAACGCGAUGUGCUGGAAGACGCGGGCGACAUCGGCCCCCGGAAGAGCCGCCUGCUGGACGCGAUGGAGGGCAAGAGCGAGCACGGCAGCGAGAGGGGCAGAAGCAGAGCAGGAGCAGGAGCAGAAGCUCGGACAGGAGCAGGUCGGGACGGACAGGCCCUCCGUCGCAGUCCCCGGGCCAUAGUGGAGGCGCAGCGACAUCGCUCCGGCUCGCGGUCGCCGUACCGGUCGAGGAGCAGGAGCAUCUCGCCGGACAGGCGCGACGGCUCUGCGGGUGGGUCGCCCGCGCGAUCUCCCAGUCGUUAG